UCCAAUGAAUGAGGGACGCACGCACAAGAAGAGACAUCCGGCGCUGAUUCACGGAUUCACAUUCUUCUAGACCGUGCCAAGCAAAAAAAAGAUAUUGUUUCGUUAAGCAAAUUUAGCGGGAAACACAUCACGUUGGAGAACGUAUCGCCCUAACAAUGCCAGAUUCUAAAAAAUUCUUCGAGAAUCUUUCCGGAGCCGGAAAGGCCAUCGGCGUCCUCACGAGCGGCGGGGAUGCUCAAGGAAUGAAUGCAGCUGUAAGGGCAGUGGUCAGAAUGGGAAUUUAUGUAAGAGCAAAAGUGUAUUUCAUCCACGAGGGUUAUCAGGGCAUGGUAGAUGGAGGUGAUAACAUCAAGGAGGCUACAUGGGAGAGUGUCUCCAGUAUGCUGCAAGUGGGCGGCACUGUGAUUGGCAGUGCACGCUGUAAAGAUUUCCGAACACACGAGGGCCGUCUCCGCGCAGCAUUAAACUUGGUGCGCCUCGGAAUCACAAAUCUUUGUGUGAUUGGUGGAGAUGGCAGUCUGACUGGGGCUAAUCUAUUCAGAGAGGAAUGGAAUGGCCUAUUAAAGGAGCUUGUGGAAUUAGGUCAGAUAGAUGAGGCAGCAGCUGAAAUGCACUCUGUGCUUCACAUUGUGGGCAUGGUGGGCUCCAUAGAUAAUGACUUCUGCGGAACAGACAUGACCAUUGGCACUGACUCCGCCCUGCACAGGAUCAUAGAGGUGGUGGAUGCCAUAAUGACCACAGCACAGAGCCAUCAGAGAACAUUUGUACUGGAGGUGAUGGGCAGACACUGCGGGUAUCUUGCCUUAGUCAGUGCUUUAGCCUGUGGUGCAGACUGGGUGCUGAUUCCUGAAAUGCCUCCAGAAGAUGGCUGGGAGGACCAAAUGUGUCAAAAACUAUCAGAGAACCGAGCGGAUAAGAAAAGGCUUAAUAUCAUCAUAGUAGCAGAAGGAGCCAUAGACUCACACAACCGGGUCAUAACUACAGACUAUGUGAAGGAUCUGGUGGUGGGAUGUUUAGGCUUUGAUACACGCGUCACCAUCCUGGGCCACGUGCAGAGGGGAGGCACGCCUUCUGCCUUCGACAGAAUCCUGGCCAGUAGGAUGGGGGUCGAGGCAGUUUUAGCCCUUUUGGAGGCAUCUUCGGACACUCCUGCCUGUGUGGUGUCUCUAUGUGGAAACCAGGCUGUGCGGCUGCCUCUCAUGGAGUGUGUGCAGAUGACUCAGGCAGUACAGAAGGCCAUGGAUAAGAAGAACUUUGAGGAAGCCGUAAAACUGCGUGGCAGGAGUUUUGAAAACAACCUGAACACCUACAAGCUGCUCUCUUACCGGAAAACAGACUCAGUGAUGCCGAAGAGUGCAUUUAAUGUGGCUGUGCUAAACGUGGGAGCCCCAGCAGCAGGGAUGAAUGCGGCGGUCCGUUCUGCGGUCAGGGUGGGCAUCACUGAGGGCCACACUAUGUUUGCAGUUCAUGAUGGCUUUGAGGGCUUCAGCAAUGGCCAGAUUAAAGAAAUCAAGUGGGGGGAUGUUGGAGGAUGGACUGGCCAGGGAGGGUCCCUGCUAGGGACAAAAAGAACUCUCCCAGUGAAACACAUGGAUAAAAUUGCUGAACAGAUGAGAAUUCAUAACAUUAAUGCUCUACUGGUCAUUGGUGGAUUUGAGGCAUAUCUGGGCCUGCUGGAGCUGCUAGCAGCUCGCUUCAGACACCCCGAGCUUUGCGUUCCCAUGGUGAUGAUUCCCGCCACCGUCUCCAACAACAUCCCUGGCUCAGACCUGAGCAUUGGGGCAGAUACUGCCCUCAACGCUAUCACUGCGACAUGUGAUCGAAUAAAGCAGUCUGCGAGCGGGACAAAGAGGCGUGUGUUUAUUAUCGAGACCAUGGGUGGCUACUGUGGUUACUUGGCAACGGUGGGGGCGUUGGCAGCCGGAGCUGAUGCCGCCUACAUCUACGAGGAACCCUUCGAUAUCCGAGACCUGCAGUGCAAUGUAGAGCAUUUGACAGAGAAGAUGAAGACGAGCAUCCAGCGAGGCCUAGUGCUCAGAAACGAGUGCUGCAAUGACAAUUUCACUACAGACUUCAUCUACCAGCUGUACUCAGAAGAGGGCAAAGGAGUGUUUGACUGCAGGAAAAAUGUCCUAGGACACAUGCAGCAGGGUGGAGCUCCAUCUCCGUUUGACCGGAACUAUGGCACAAAGAUUGCAGCUAAAGCUAUGCAGUGGAUCUCAAAAAAACUGAAGGAGUUCUAUGUAGAAGAUAAAGGUCGUGUUUUUGCUAACACUGAGGACUCUGCGUGUCUGCUGGGAAUGCGUCGUAGAGCUCUGGUCUUUCAACCUGUGACACAACUAAAAGACGAGACAGACUUUGUGCACCGCAUCCCUAAGGAGCAGUGGUGGCUGAAGCUCCGCCCUCUCAUGAAGAUCCUGGCCAAAUACAAGACCAGCUAUGAUGUGUCUGAUGCCGGCCAGCUAGAACACGUCGCUGGGCUGAGGACCAUAGAAGAAAAUGGGAGAGAGAAGGAGGGGGAGGAAGAGUGAGAGCAACAGAGAGAGAGAGAGAGAGAGAGAGAGAGAGAG